UCAUCCCGCAGCACCACCGCCCGCACUCUCACACCAGCAGGACGGUUUACACCAGCAGGACGGUGACCUCCGGUGUCUGACUAGGGUUAGGGUAACAGUUUCACCGCCCAGCACUUGCUAUUUUCGUCUGCUGAUACGUUCACGCUAUGCUUGUUUUGUGCUUCAUGCGAAUCAGGAAAACGGUAUCGAGGCGGUGCUGUUCCCACGAAGAUCCGACUAGCUAUCGGCUUGCGGAUGAUGGCCGGUGCUUCGUAUCUCGAUGUCGCCGUGCUGUUCGGCGUGUCCAAGGAGACGGUCUUCAGCAUCUUGUGGCAGGUGGUGGAUGCCAUCAACAGCACAGCAGAGGUUGGGCCGUUCUUUUUUCCGCAGAGCGAGGAUGAGUGCACCCGGCAGGCGGCAGAAUGGGAGGUGCGGAAAUGAUACCCUAGUUUACAGCCGCAGGGUAGAUUGCAUGUUUGCAUUCCAGGUAGGUGACUAUGAUGAUGUGAACAAACACAUGAUCGUGUUUGGUGGCGGUUGUUUGGUGGCGGUUUAGUUUCAGCAUUACUUCGAAUAUAGAUUACAGUAUGCGAACAGACGUACGUGCGAACAUGGCCAAGAACAGGCAAGGCGGCGAAAAUGGACAGACAGGUGUUGUGCUUUGGUAUGCCUACCGGGUCUGGUGUCGGAAGAGCAGUUCAAUUUCACCUUUUCCGUAGGCUGCAGGCCUCCUAACGUGUAUGGUACAUAAGCAAGGCACCACGCUGCAGAGUCUGGCCCAAAACAAAUGACGCGGAUUGCAUGGAUGCAUGCAUGUCGGUCCUCCGCUCGGCAGAAUAUCCUGCUUGUCUAGACGCACCGAAUAAGGAGCGAGCGGGAAACACUUGUGACAGCACGGGGAAACCUCUGUAUCUUGUGUACACGUAUUGGCUUGAUGCAUGGCGAAAUGAGCUCCAGUCUGCACUGUAUUGAUUGGCAUGUCUAGGAGAGGGCUCGUCUUUAAUUGCUCGCACACGCCUGUACGUUUUUUCUGGGGUAGUCGAUGGGCUUGCCGCUGCCCGAAAAUCAAACUUUAACGAAUCUAAGAGCGCCUCUGUUGUGUCCCUCCCCGCCUGCCAUGUCUCUCCUCAGGAAAAAAGCACGGGCGGCGCCUUUCAAGGUGUGGUAGCUGCGGGGGAUGGCCUCUUCGUGAAGACUCUUGCUCCAACUGCCCUCAACACUCCGAACGUUCUCUCGUAUUAUUCUGGGAGCAAGUGCGGCUACGGGAUGAACGUACAGGCGACAUGCGAUGCCAACUACCGGUUUUGCAGCAUGUCUUGCAUUGCACCCGGCUCGACCAAUGACUGGACGGCAUGGAACCAUUCGGAUCUAUCCACAGCGGUGAAAAACCUGCCGCCAGGGUUCUACAUGCUCGGAGACGCGGCUUACCCCCUAAGCGACCACCUGUUGACUCCGUACCCAGGGAGGGGACUGCCGCUGGACAAAGACGCGUUCAACUUCUAUCUGAGUCAACUCAGAGUCAGGAUCGAGCAAGCGUUCGGCAUUCUCGUCGGCCAGUGGGGCAUCCUGUGGAAGCCGUUGCGUGUUCAGUUCGCUGGGCGAUGCGACUUCAUCACGGCGCUCUUCCGCCUCCACAACUAUCUCCGGGACGAGAAGGUUACACCAAUCCAACGGUCGGAAGAAGACGCGGAGGUGGUCCAGGCACGCCCCCACCUACUCGGCGACAAGACUCUGCCAGGAUCUUUCAGCACGACCACCAAGGACGCGCAGAAACCGACCAGGUCAGGCGAAGUCUCCACGCGCAAGGGGAUCACGAUGAUGCUGGACAACAAGCGCCAGUACCGCCCAAAGCACAACUUGGUGCGCAACGCAGCGAGGAAGACGUGAGGGAUCGAACGCGGGCGGGCUGCGGUGGAGGGUGGGUCCCGAGGACGUAGUGCAUGGAUGAUGGAUGAGACGAGGCAAAUGCGGCCGUGGUGGCCUUUGAGGAGCGUGGGCCGGGGCCGGGGCGGCGGAUGUGGACGGUGGUCGGGAAUGCAACGCCUCUGGUGGGGUAGGGCGGGGGGGGGUGAAAGGGAAGGGAAGGCGCACGGGCGGGUGAGAAUUUUUUUUUUUGUUCGGGGGGAGAGGGUCGGGCGCGAAAUCCACAUGCGCCUCUACGAGGACGUUUCGGGCAAUUUUGCGGACGUCGUGUUUUAUGUGUUACAAACACCAUAAACCGGGGUAAUCUACGAGUGGUGUCCGGUAAGAUUUCGUGUUGUUUCGAUACGUAUUGUCGCUGUUCAUUACGUCGUUUGUUUGGGUGUCAUUCCUGCGUUGUGCAUCUCUUGCGCGAGAAAAUUCGAAUUGCAGAGACGUCGAAGAAAAAUGUAGGUUUCCAAACGCAUUUAUUUUAUAACAUUUGGCGUGUAGGGUAAGGGUGAGCACCCUCCCCCCUGUGUGGGGGAAUUUUGUCAUGUCAUAGUUGCGUGAUGCGAGAUGGUAACAGAUAUGUUUUUUUUUUCUGACUUCACGAUGUUCUAGGGAGACAGUGUUGGCUGAACGGCAUCAUGGCGUAGACGGUCAGCUCCCACAGCCCGGGAUAACGGUAUCGGGAAUGGAUCCGCGUUCAAAACGUUUUUUACGUUGUAUUUGACUAAGUUCGCGUCGUGAGGAAACGUUGUUUCCGAAGCAUCUACGAAUGCAGACGGUGGUUUGUGAAAAACAUACCGACCAAAAACAAACAAGCGGUGCUGCUGUACGUGUCUGAAAAAAAGCAAACUUUGGUCGUGCGCCACACGUUCGCUCUGCGUGUCCCCCCCCUCUGGUCAUCUGUAAAAAAACAC